AUGUUUCUCUGUUGCUUCCCAACUUUCCGUGGCUCUGGGCAGAAGAAAGCCCAGAGUGAGAGAUGUUUCUGUUGCUAUAGACUUUGGCACAAGCGCCACCGCCGAAGCUUCUUGCCCUUUGGCAAGAGGCAGCCUCAGAGCUGCAAGGAGGAUGUCGUAGAGGAGCUGGAUGAUGGGUUUACUUACACCAUCAACCGGAACAAGGGACUAGAGCACCAGACCAGGAACAGCAUCCAGCACAGGUCUGAGAGCUCCAAUGAGGAUGUCGUCAAGGAGCUGGUUCAUAGGCCCCACUACAUCAUCUGCAGGGUCAGGGUGCAGGUGCACCAGGUGGACAACACUGGCCAGUGCCAAGCUGAUAGCUCCAAUGAAGAAGUCAUCGAAGAGUUGGUCGGUGGGUUCAACUCCUACACUUCCCUACACCAAGGGACGGUGUGCCAGGCCACAGACACCAUCCAGUGGCAGACAGAGUGUGCAGCUGAGUUAACACUUACCCUACAUGAGGCCCGCAGGAUGCGAGCCCUCCAGGGAGGCACUCUGAGAAAAGUGGCAGCAUCAAUGGUACCAGCUUUCCUGGGUGGUAACAUCUCCCACAUCACCACUUUAAUGUCCAUUCACCCGGCCUUCUCCAGAGCCCAACAGUUCCUGUACCAGCUGUUUACUAGGGCCAUUGCUUCUAUAAUGGGAACCUGGCCUGACCAGGUGCAGGGUUUUGGCCGGGCUCUCCACUUCCCCUGGUUUGAGCUGAAGCAGGCCUCAGUGAAGGUCCACUUCCCUACCUCACGUCACGUGGCCCGCGCCCACCUUGUUUGGAUCAAGCUGGAGCAUCUAGAGCCCACCAAGACCUCAGCAGAAGGUCCACCUCCAGGGCUCCAGAGCACCUCAGAGCUAGAGGAAGGGCCUGUGCAGGGGUGA